AGGCUAAAGCAUCUUGGAGGCUGCUGAAGAGUGCUAUCCAGAAAAUACACAAACAAGACGCUAGCGGGUUGUCGUACGAGGAACUGUACCGAAAUGCUUACAACAUGGUGCUACACAAGCACGAAACAAUGUUAUACAACGGGUUAGAAGCCGUACUGACAGAACACCUCGUCAGUGUGUGCCAGACCGUCCGAUCAGCGGCGGAGAACGGCACCAAGGCCGAUUUCCUGCCCACGCUUAACAAUGAGUGGAAUAAACACCGAAUAUCUAUGCUGAUGGUGAGGGAUAUUCUCAUGUACUUGGACAAGCAAUAUGUGGCAAAGAACGAACAGGUGCUAACCGUAUACGACUUGGGCCUGUCCUUAUUCCGCAAGCAUGUCAUAGACCAGGUGCAGAACAAGAGCUUCAUCCAGGAGUGCCUGCUGGAGAGUAUUGCCAAAGAACGCGCCAGUGAACUGAUCGACCGGUCCCUGGUCAAGGACGUUCUGGAGAUGCUUAUGGAAGUGGGAGUCAGUUCGUCGGCAGUGUAUGAGGGCGUAUUUGAGGCCCAGUUUCUCCAGACUUCAGCAGACCACUACUCAGCCUGUAGUCAAGAAUUCUUAUCACAGAACGACAGCGUGACAUAUGUGCGGAAGGUCGAGAAAUGGCUGUCAGACGAAUUAGGGAGGGUGGAUGCGAUAAUGGAUAAGCAGACCCGCAGUCGCUUGCAGUUGGUGGUAGAGACUGAAACCAUCGCCCAGCACCGAACCGCCAUUGUGGGCAUGGACAAGGGCGGGGUGGUCAAUUUAAUAGUAGAACACCGUUUGGCGCCGCUCUCAGAGCUCUUCCGCGUGCUCAAGCGAGUGCCCGGCGGGAUCGAGGAAAUUCGGGACAGCCUAUUGGACCACUUACAGAGCACAGGGACCAAAUUAAUCCACACGGUGUUGGAGCCCCUGCCGCUUAUCAAACAGCUCAUAGAUCUCAAGGUCAUGUACUACGACACGGUGGAGAAGGCCUUCGCCAACGAGCAGCUGUUUACGGAUGGCGUACAGCGGAAGUUCGCACACGUGGUGAAUCUCAAUAAAAGG